AGCUUCCUCUAGUUCAACUUUCAACUUUAACGUUUGCUUAAUGAUUAACUUAAAUUAAGUCUAACAACACGCUCACAAUCUGAUAAUUUAAGACAUGGAGAGUGAGGCAACUCUGAUGAUAUUGAGUGAUGAAGAACAAGAUUCGAUUGUAGAAGUUGUUGAUGACAGUCUCAAUCUAAGUAACGAAGUGAACGAGUGCAGAUCACUCCCGUCUGGUCUUCAACAAUUGUCUAUAGCCGGACCUUCAACUUCAAAUCCAUCUGAGGGAGUUGUAUGGUUUACCGCUGAAAAACAACCAGAUUCACAGUCAAAAAGUAAAAGAAAUGUCCCGGCAGUUCAAGUGCAGCCGACAAGGGGAAGCCAAAGGAUUAAAACAGUUCCAAAUACGUUUGAGUUCGAAAGUUCCGAAGAUAACAGCUACAAAUGGUCAGAAAGAGACAAGCGAUUGUUUUUGGCUGGAUGCCUGGAAUGUGGCAUCGAUGAUGUUGACAGUUUAAAACGAUAUCUGCCUCACAAGAGGGAGCAGGAUAUUAAACGACAGAUAAAUAUGUGGAAAGCAAUUGCUUUAAAAAAAAUUAAAAAUGAACUUUCAUCAGACAACGAUAAUUUAAAUUACGAUAAAGAGAAGAUUAAGAACCUGGAUGAAUGGAUUGAAAAUUUCAGUAAAGAUAAAAGUAAAGCAGAAAAAAGCGAUAUGAAUGCUUUUUUAGAUUAUUUCUUGAUAAUUGCUGAAUAUGGAGAUCUACCAUCAGUGGAGGAAUGUGGAGGAGUUGAUCCCAGGGCCAUGUACCGGUACCUCUACUGCAUGCUGAAUGGUAUCCCUCCAUAUGGAUUGGACCCAAAAACGGCAAAAGUGAUUCAAAUGUGUAUUAACAAUGUUAUGAAGAUAAUUAAUAAUCCCAAGAUUGUUAAGGAAAUGGGAGAAAAAUUAUUAGACCCACUGACCAAUCCCGACAAAAACAAGUUUGGCAAGACUUAUGGUAAAAAGGAUAAGGGUGCUGGUGCUGAGGAAAAUUUUUUUCUUUCGAGUUCUGUAUACAACCCACUCAAGCUUUCAACUAAAGUGCCUAUUCCAAAUCCAAAUGCUACUGGUACUUCAGAUGAGGAAGAUGCUGAUUAAGAAUUAAGUGAAAAAGUUCCUCACAAAAAAACUAAAUGGACACCUUUAAACGGAAAGGGACCAAGCACCAUCGGUCUGGUUUUGAGAAAAAGGGGCUCAAAGUGUUUUGUGGGUCCAAAACUCCUUUACUACCUUACCUUAAGUAUUUUAUCAUUUUUCAUAUUUAUACCUGUGCAUUUUUUUCAAUUAAAAUCAACUGUAACAGCCUGUGUGUGUGGCCUAUAGUAACAGCGUGUAUUUUUUAAAGUUAUAAAAAAUAGUGCUUGGUUCCUUUCUAAAGAUUUGUUGAUUUGUGAAUUAAUGUUAAAGGACCUAAGUCCAUGUUGUCUGUUAAUUUUAUGGUAUUUUUUUAAGUUUAGUAGUUUUAUGAGUAAAAAGUAAUAUUAAUAGAAAAAUAAACCAUAGUACCCUUUUUUAAUUAUUUUCAAUGACUAGUGAAAAGUAAUAGUAAAACUCAAGUUGCGACUGAAUAAAUUGGUAUGCUAAUAUACAAAUUUUACUAAACUCAGGGUAUAUUUUUUAGUGUAACACAUUGCUGGUGUGUAUGUUAAUAAUUUGCAUGAAAAAUUAUUUCAAAAUUCAAAUCUGUGUUGAACCGUACUAUUAUCGCACACACUGGGAUCUUCAAAAAAAGUUUCUGUAAGAUGGCUUACCGUACUAUCAAUUGGCAUGAGAAUUAGCAUAGACUUUUGGGUCCUUCAUUUUGGACUGGGAAACUCCUUUCUUAUAUGGUUGUAGAAGACCCAAGCCAUAAGAAAAUACCGCUUUAGAACAUGGUCUGCUUCUUGAAGCUUUCCUGAAAAUGUUGAUUUCCUGCCGAGAAAAGUGCUUCUUUUUGCACUUUUGAUUUGUUUAGAUUUAAACCAAUUUAUUUUUCAUCAUUGAUAUUAGUUUUGCGAUUUUUUUGGACUUAACUUUCAGCACUCAGGAAAAAUCUUUGGUUGUCACAUUGUUUACCAUGAAUAAAUACAUUUAUUCUCCUGGAUGAUUUUUAUUAUCUUGAUGCAAUCCUCGUCAGUGUAGUUGGAUUUAAGAAGGCAUCAACAUUUCCAUGUCAUGUUUCAGCAAGACCCUACUUCCUGAGCUUUUUUCAGCUGUACCUUAAACAAAAUUUUAAAAGUUAAAGUGACCUUUGUUAAUUUUUCCCGAAUGAACUCAACAUCAUAAUCUGGCGCUUGUAACGUACAAUAUUUGUAGGGAUUUUUAGUAAAGUACCGUUUUUUGUAGAUCAAACGAAAGUGUUCCCUUAUUUGCCUCUUCCUCAGCACACCUUAAAUCUUUAUCAAACUCUUCUCUAACUUUUUCUACCGAAAUUAAGUGUUCAUCAUGUUCCCGACUUUGGUUUUGUUUGAUUUCUUCAUUAGUAGCACAAUCCAAUUGAGCUUUAGGAUAAUCACAGUUUGAAUAAGUGUCCAUUUUUGUGUGGUUUUCUUCAUAGAUUAAAGUGUGAAUCUUUUGUAGCACGACAAUAAUGGGAUUUGUAUUUAGGGAUCCUCAUGAUGUGGUACUUGAACUAACAUUUUAGAUCUACUUAAAGUACAACUUAUAACUCAACAAAUAACUCAUUAUAAGGCUUUUUUAUACAGUAUAGGGAGCAAAUAAACUAUCACUGACCACUAAUAAUACCAUAGCCUCAUCUAAUAACCGCGGUAAAACAAUAAUGGCUACAACGAUGUCUAACUAAAACAGUUGUUGUACUUAAGAAGUUGUAAUGGAGGGUAUAGGCAAUGUUUAUGUCUAUACUUAUGUUGUUUCUGUUAUCACCAUGGCAAUAGGCAUGACAUUGCUGCCAUGGCCUUGUAUUAGAGGAGGCAAUGAUAAUUAAUAUUUAUUUAAUAGUUGUUUUUUACACUGUCUUGUUAAAGCAUAGAGUAAAAAGAACCAUAUCGUUUGAUUCUUUUCUGUUUAUUACAGUAUAUUCGAUAAAGCAUUUUACUUUUUUCUUGAUCUCUUCCUGCUAAUUGACACUAGUUCAAGCAGAUUUGUAUUACUAUAUAAGAUAAUGCUCAACAAGUUAGCGCAAAUAACUCAAUUUAGUCAAAAAUAGCGCUUCCAAAUGUCUUGUGUUAGACAUUUAUUUUUAUGUAUGUAUUUUAUGAAAGAUGAUCAUGCAAGUACAAUUUUCAGUUAU